CGCGGCGGGCUCCGGCCCUCCGAGCCGCGGCGGCUCGUUGUCAGGGGCGGCCCGGGCCCGCGGCUGCCGAGCGCGCCGGUUGCUAAGGCCGGGCCGCGGGCUGCUCGCUGGACUGGAGUUGCAGGUUUCUUACCUCUAAGGCUUUUCCAGCCAUGCAUCUUGCUACUCACAUAAAUUUCCUGUAUUCCUGGCAAAAGACUCAUGUGUAUUCACAUUCCCGAUCUCUGUGUUUCGGUUCAAACUCCUGAACUUACCACGCUGCGAGCCAAAACUAUACAGUAAAGGAAGAUGACUCUUUGAGGGACUGACUCUAUGGAGAGGGGUCCAUAGCUGGUACAUAGGAGGAGAAUGAACCCUCCAAAUGGAUUUUCCCAGCAUGCAGUGGCAUGUAUUACUUCGAGCACAGUGGGCAGAGUACUACAGGACCAGCAAGUGAAGAAGACUGGUGGAGCUAUGAGGAAGGAGGCUGGUGACAGCAGGGUGCUUGCACUUGAGGACCAUCCAGACAUAGAAUCCUUUUUAAAUGACACCUUAAGAUUUCCCCCUGAUGAAAUCAAACCCAAUAUGAAGAUUAAAUCUGUCACUCCAAAGCCUCCCAGGAAACCCAGGCUAGCGCGAGCAUCAUCUCUUGAUGAGAAAAGCUGGAGGAGGAGGAGAGUGUUUAGAAUGAGUCUGGAAAAUCUGAUCGAUCCCAAUGAGACAAGCUCCUCCAAUGGCUCUCUCCAGGAGUCGUCCCUGAGUCAUCCCACCAGGAGCAGAGUGGUACUCAAUGGCGAACAGGGUUCUUUGCACAACUUGCAGGAUGCCCCGGAAGCGAGCCCUUAUGGGAAGAACAAGGGUAGCAUUUCAGAUUCCGAGAAACAGGUCUCUGAGGUUCCCAGUGCCUCUGUGGGGCUUAUGCAGGGGAAAGAAUCUUCAGGCAGCAAACCCCGGCUGUCCAAAAUAACACCCCCUCGACCACUGCCCCCCCUGGAACUCAGCGUGGCCUCUCACGUGCUGAGGACAGCUAAUAGGAUCGACUCAGAUUAUAUGGAUUACCAACAUUAUUCUCAGAGCAGGUUUGAAAGGUUGAGCAGCAGCCUGAGUGACACCGGGCUUCACAACCGUGGGAUGGUCUGCGAUAGCUGUUCCACAGACUCCAUGAAGUCUACGUUCAGCCUGCUCACCCCUCUUCGUGCCAAGGAUGUUCGAAACAGAAGCUAUUUGGAAGGCAGUCUUCUAGCUAGUGGUGCAUUGCUGGGAGCAGAAGAACUGAGCAGAUAUUUCCCUGAUCGGAGCAUUGGAAUAUUUGUGGCCACCUGGAAUAUGCAAGGCCGGAAGGAACUUCCAGAGAAUCUGGAUGACUUCUUGUUCCCAUCGGAUCCUGACUAUGCCCAGGACAUGUAUGUUGUUGGCGUUCAAGAAGGCUGUCCAGACAGAAGAGAGUGGGAGAUCCGUCUGCAGGAGACGCUGGGGCCCCAUUACGUCAUGCUGUACUCAGCUGCACACGGAGUUCUCUACAUGUCAGUGUUCAUAAGAAGAGACCUCAUCUGGUUCUGCUCAGAGGUGGAAUAUGCCACUGUGACCACUCGCAUUGUGUCUCAGAUCAAAACGAAGGGAGCCCUGGGAAUCUGCUUCACGUUCUUUGGGACUUCCUUCCUCUUCGUCACGUCCCAUUUCACAUCGGGGGAUGGUAAAGUGUAUGAGAGGAUACUGGACUACAAUAAAACCAUCCAAGCACUUGCACUUCCCAAGAAUGUCCCGGAUACAAAUCCCUAUCGAUCCAGCCCUUCUGACGUCACAACUCGGUUCGACGAGGUGUUCUGGUUUGGAGACUUCAAUUUCCGACUAAACAAGGAUCGUGAGAGCGUGGAUUCAAUCCUGAACCAGCAUCUGGAAAAAGACCUGUCCAAGCUACUGCAGUAUGACCAGCUCAUUAAAGAAAUGAAUGAUGGGGCUAUUUUCAAAGGGUUCCAGGAGGCUGCCAUUCAUUUCCGUCCUUCCUAUAAGUUCGAUAUAGGGCAGGAUAGCUACGACACCACUUCCAAGAAGAGGACGCCUUCAUACACGGAUCGAGUGAUCUACAGGAGCCGUCACAAGGAUGACAUCCAUGCCGUGAAGUACUCCUCCUGUUCCGUGGUCAAAACGUCAGACCACAGGCCAGUGUACGGGCUGUUCCGGGUGAAAGUCAGGCCCGGCAGAGACAACAUCCCACUCGCUGCAGGGCAGUUUGACAGAGAACUUUAUUUAAUUGGAAUAAAGAGACGAAUUACAAGGGAACUUCAGAAGCGGCAGGAGAUAAAGGACCAAAAAUCCAGCAGAGUCUGUACUGUUUCCUGACCUUAAAGCCCAGCAACAAGCUUGUAAAUGGUGCCCUGGAGGAGGAUUUCAGACCCAGGCAAAGACGACUUGAUUCCAUGUCUGCAGAGGUACAGCUUAAGAGGAAGGGGUCUCGGUUUGAGUACCAGUUGCUGUGGCCUGUGCUAAAUGUCUUAAACUUCAGCUCUCAAGUUUCAUUUGCAUGAGCUAAUCCAAGGAACUUGAGUGCUUUAUUGCUGAAGAGGAAGGGAGUAAAUAUUCAGAACAGACGCCCUUGCUUAUUCAGUCAGGUCACUUUUAGCAAAACUUCCUUUGCAAGCAACAGGAUGCAGUUAGGUGGUGAUUCUGGCCAUACCCAAGACAAGAUGCCCCAUUGGGUGCAUUGUAUUACGAGCGGUCUUGGAUUGGAGCGGUUACUCAAGGACAUUUUGCAAAAAGGAGAUAAUUGUGGUUCCAUCUGUUCUAUUCAGUCUGUUCCGGAUACUUGCUUUGUAAGUAUCCAUCUCAGGAGGGCAUUGAUGUCAGUCGUUUAUUUCUUUCUUUACCUAUAGCCAAAUGUAUUCUGUAAAAUACCUAAGGGGACCAACUAGAGAACCUGAGCAGUCUCUCUCCCAGGUUGAUGCUUGCUCGUAAUAGUUUUGCUGUUGUGGACCUCUGCAGCAAGAUCUGUAUGGAUGUACAGUAAUCAAAGUGCAUUUGAGAUGGCCUUUUAAUUAGUAUUUAUUUUUACUACUUCUGUUGUUGCUAAGGGUGCAUAUUAAUCUCUCAAACGAGCACAUGUCCUCAGAUAAAGUCAGACUUUCUGAACCAAUGUUCAUAUCAUAAUUUAUGGAUCCUCUGCAGUGGAGAUCCAGUUUCUACUUCAGUGAGAAAUCGGCUACAAGCGUGCAGCAGCAAGAGACACUGCAGCUGAAAUCAGUGGCCUCCGUGGCGUUAAUGUAUAAAAAUCCAGCAAAAAGUGAUUUAUGGUAGAAGUAAAAGCUGCACUAAAGAAAGCUACUUUGGGGUGGGAGAAAAACGUGUUUUGACCUUUAGGAGAUAUUCAGAGCAAGAACCAGGAAUCAGAAUAACUCAGUUCUGUUCUUUCUCUGAUUCUCAGUUUGGAGAAGUUAUGUCCCCCGCGUUUCCCAAUCAGCAAAAUGUGGAUUCUUCUGGAGGUAAAGGCACUCUUAAGUGUCAAGUAUUACACUGGUAAAAUGUACGUGACAGUUAAUACAGUAAAACUUCUCAUGGGCAUACCUUGCUUGAAUCAUUAGCUAAAGCUAGCACUUUUUAAACCACAUUACUACUGAAAAUACAAAGCAAAUGAUUUGGAGGAAGCUCCAUUGUAAUUAGGUAUUUUGCAAUCACCUACUUCCACAAUAAACCUUUGGAUGAAAAGAUA